UGUUUACUUCCGGGGGAAAGGUCAAAAACGUCCUUCGAGGUUCUUCUGGUUUAUGGGACAGAUUUCUUAGUUGAAAGUACUUGAGUGAGUUAUCAAGCCAUCAGUGUCAAAUAUGUCGUCUAAUAAACCCGUCGGACCUGCCUUACCCCCGAUGUUCAGGAAGGAGGAGAGCGAUGAAGAGUCUGUUAGUGAAGAAGGAUUCUCUGGCCCUGCUUUGCCUCCUGGUUAUAAACGGGGAGAGCUGUCGAGCUCCUCGGAUGAACAGGAGGUGGCGGUCAAAAGAGCGAAAACAAGUCACACAUCUGCAGACAGAUCUGCAGAAAAGGAGGAGAAAACAAAGGUUAAAGAAACAGAUGAUGAUGGUUUCUUUGGACCAGCCCUGCCACCAGGAUUUAAGAAACAACAGAGUUCACCAGAAAGGCCACCUGUGCUUGGACCAGCUUUGCCUCCUGGGUUUCGCAGAGCAGCAUACGAAAACAAUGAUAAUGAUGAUGGUGAAGAUGAAGAGAGUUUCCCAGGGCCUGCCCUCCCCCCAGGCUACCAGGUUGAGUCCUCCAGCAGCGAGGGAGAGGAUGUGAUUGGACCCAUGCCACCCAAAGGCCCUAUUCAAGACUCUGUGGCUCUGGACUUUGAGCGCAGAGCACGGAGGAUGAGAGACAAGCUGACAGGAGAUGACACACCUGAGGUGCUGAGCAGAGAAACAUGGAUGACAGAGCUGCCACCAGAACUGCAGCACAUUGGCUUGGGGGCUCGAACUUUCAAGAAGAGGUCGGGUCCAGAGAACAAGGAUCGCUCCAUGUGGACAGAUACACCAGCAGACAGAGAGCGCAAGAACAGAGAACGCCUUGAGAGAAAGAUGAAGGGUGAGGCGGAGAAAGAAGAUAUCCCACAAGUCCCCCGGAAGGACUUGGAAAUGGCAGAGAAAGUGUCUAAGUAUAAUGAGUCUAAACGUGCUGAGUCUCUGAUAAGUUUGCACACAAAGACAAUGAAAGAAAAAGCAAAGGAAAAGGCUGACAAACCAGUGGAGAGGAGACCAUUCGAUCGGGAUGAAGACCUUCAGGUGAAUCGCUUCGAUGAAGCGCAGAAGCAGCGGCUGCUGAAGAAAUCUCAGGAACUGAACACACGGUUCUCCCACAGCAAAGACCGAAUGUUUUUGUAAAAAAAUUUUAAAAUGUGAAAAUGUGCCGACUACCAAUUACAGUCUGGCUGGUGACAUUUUUGCAAAAAGUGUUUGUAUAAUAUGGAAUAUGUUUCUACAGAUAGUCAUGUGUUAUAAAAAUGAAGAAUUUAAAUUGUUGGUCUAUGAUAUAAACUAAACUGAACUAAAUAGGCUAUAAAAACAUGACAGACAUGUCCACUUAUGGGAGUUCAUGUCACUGAACGGGCAAAUAAUACUGGGAAAACUGGUAUUGUUCAUUUAGAAAAAUGUAGCACCAUGAUUCAUAAUAGACAAAAAUACCCCAACACAAUUGCAAUGAUAAAUGAAAAUUUACCCAACUGUAAGUGUAUGUAAUGACAUAAGAUAAAUUAUUGGUUUGUUAAGUACUGAAUCAGAUCAUCUCCUUUUGACGUAAGAAGUUUUGACCAAUAUUUAACAAGCCCUUUUUUAUGACUGCUUUUUGGCCAACCAGAUCAAUAAAAACUUUGGCCCUCAAUGCUCAACCUUGCUAGUAAUGCAGCCCUUUGUAUAUUGUGAUUGAUUUAUUUGAUGUUAUGUAAAACUUUGUACAGAUUGCUGGAAAAUCCAUUGUUAUGUUGCAUUAUCCUGUAGCUUUGCAAUCUUCCAUUUGUCCAAUAAGAGGCUUUGCAAAUUUGGCUUGUGUUUUUAAGUGGAUUAAAGUUUGUUUUUUUUAAGCCCAUAUGU